AUUGCUCUCAAAUUUAUUUUAUUUAGCACCUCCAAGAGAUUUAGCUGAGAUGCCCGUGCAGGAUUGAUCAGUAAUUCGAGAGCUUUGAACUCGCUUACACUCUGGUUAUUUGGUUGUUUGGUUAUUUGGAGCCCUAAAUCCCGAGACCCGAGUGUCCCAGGUGUCGUGUACCAGGUUUUGGAAUUUCAAUUUUUAUUCAUCCAACCCGUAUCUAAUUACGACUCAUUGUGAUUGGUAAUUUGUUUCAUUGUUUCUGGGCCUUUGCUCCACUUGGCGAGUCACUUGGGCCACUAAAUAGCAGCAAAAUUUCGUUUUGUAAAUGAAUCCGUUGGGCAAAACAAAUGCCAGCAAUCAAUGGCAUAAAUCGCUGGUAUUUAAUGGCGCCGAUUAAAAUGUGAAUGCGCCGAGUGCUACCAAAAGCGAUCCAUCUAUUUGGGCAUUCGGUGGCUAAACUGGCUUCAUCUGCUACCAAUAUUUAUAGAUGUGCAAUUCUGAUUUAUUCGCUCACAGCAGCUGACAUCGCGCUGCCACAAAGUGUACUAAUUAAACCAAAAGGAGAGCAAAUGAUAAUUAAACAAUUCCCUGACAACCAAACCGGGUGAGCAAUCUCAGCAUCGAAAGCGUCGAGUAAACAAAACAAAAGAGAUUAAAAUAAAACGCAAUCUGAGCGGAGAAAAAUGAUUCUCGAAGCAUUGACAGCGAAAUGUGUGCGAAAGCCCACGCGAAAAUGAGACUAAUUUAUGAGCAUUGUUAGAAUGCACAGCCUAUAAAGAUUUCAAUUGUUGUGCGCCAAAUGCUAAAGACGGUCAGAAGAUUUAGCAGGUGAAGAUUCCCGUAAAUCAUACGCGGAGUCGGGCGGAGAGGUCUCGAGAUCCCAAACAGGAAUGCUGAAAAAAUAACGCCGCUUCUUAUUGCGAUCUGCUCGAAUGCAUCAAAAGCCCCUUAACGGUUGCGGAAAUUCGAAGCAAUCCUCAAACUUCGAAAGCUGGCUGGGUAGUCUGCGUCCGAGUACCAUGGGCAGCGGAUCUGCGCUCCCACUACGGAUCUGCAUGGUCUGGCUGAUCGCGGGUCUGGCGACUGGCGAGGUAAUUCGUUGCUUUGAGUGCCUCGAUCUGGAGACGUCGUGCGGCUCUGCUGAUAAUUCGCCGGGGAGAGUGCGAGAAUGUCCGAACUCAACCAUGUGCUCGACUACUAUGCUGACCACAAUGGUGAAUGGAAAAGAGUGGACCAGGGUGAGGAGGGGCUGUGCCAAGCAGGUUGACCUGUACUUCGACUAUAUUGGAAAGCAUUGGGUGCAGCAGUUUCGAGUGAUGGACAUACCGGAGGGCUGCAAGAGGGAGAACGGAAGGAUGCACUGCAACUGCCGUGGACAACUGUGCAAUUCAGGAAGUGUUUCGCCACCAAGUUUCCGGUUGCCGUUGGUGCUUAUCUUAUUGGCCGUGGCCUUUGGCAAAAUCCUUCUUCCCGUCUAGUCGGCGACACUUUUUGGGGUGUGUUCUCGGGUAUAUGUUUGUAUGAAUAGAAACUACGAGUUUCCGGAACUCGCUAGGCCACAAAUAUAGUUUUAAGCAGAUUAAUGAUUUAUGUGCGACAGUUUUCAAAGGUGAAACCUUGUCAAUAAAGUCACUGAUACCAAAUAAACCCAAA